AUGGACCUUUACCACCAGGCCAUCGAUUUAGCCAGCAACCCCAAGCAUACAAGAUGGCUUUCGCCCCUCCUUCUCCUUGCGGACGCCGUUUUCUGCGCCCUCAUCAUCUGGAAAAUACCUUACACUGAAAUUGACUGGAGAGCCUACAUCCAGCAGGUUGAACAGUAUCGAAAUGGAGAGCGCGACUACACCCUCAUUAAAGGCGACACAGGUCCUUUGGUUUACCCAGCAGCGCAUCUAUUCAUAUACAACGCUCUAUACCUCAUUACGGACAAAGGAGCUGAUAUUUUUAUCGCUCAAUGUACAUUUGCUGUUGUGUAUCUUGGCGCCGUGAGCAUGGCUAUGGCUUGCUACCGUAUGGCUAAGGCACCGCCAUACAUAUUUCCCCUCCUCAUCCUCUCGAAAAGACUCCACAGCCUAUUUCUCCUGCGACUCUUCAACGAUUGCUUUGCUAUUCUGGCGCUCUUCACCGCUAUAUACUUCUACCAACGAAGAAUCUGGACCGUCGGAAGCGUUGUCUAUUCGUUCGGCGUCGGUAUUAAGAUGAGCGUUUUGCUGGCUGCUCCCGCAGUUGGACUCAUAUUGUUGCAGGCGCUGCCUUUCAACAGGGCAAUGAAUGCUGUGUUUCUCAUGGCACAGAUACAGAUCACCCUUGCCUUUCCGUUUCUACCAGCCAACGCGAAAGGCUAUCUCGCUCGGUCAUUCGAGCUCACUCGACAGUUCUUGUUCAAAUGGACCGUCAAUUGGAGAUUUGUCGGGGAAGAAAGAUUCUUGUCCAGGGAAUUUGCUAUAACCCUAAUUGCUGUCCAUCUUGCAUUGCUCUCAACUUUCGUUCUGACUCGUUGGACUCGACCGUCUGGCCUUUCAAUACCAGCUUUGAUAUCCACCGCAAUCAAGCCUCUUCCGCCGAAAGCCCAGCAAUUGAUGUCCAUCAAUGUGUCACCAUCCUUCAUUAUGACAUCCAUUCUGAACUCUAUGGCUAUCGGCAUGCUGUGCGCACGGUCUCUUCACUACCAAUUCUAUGCUUAUAUCGCCUGGUCAACACCGUUUCUGCUCUGGAAAGCUGGCUUGCAUCCAAUCUUCAUAUACGCAGUCUGGGGGGCUCAAGAGUGGGGGUGGAACGUGUAUCCGAGUACCGACGCAAGCUCGAUCAUGGUAGUAGGGUGUUUGGUUGUUCAGGUGUUGUCUGUAUGGUGGGGCACAAGGGAUGACCUUGCUGAUGUUGCAUCUCCCGCGGAUAUUGCGGGCGAAGAGAAGGAACAUGAUGAGUGA